ACCAUAUUUUCUGACAGUCAAGUGAAAAUUGGUGGUAUUAUGAGAAUGCCAAAACUAGCUAUCUACAAAAAGAAAAAAAAAGAAAAAAAAAAAAAAAAAAAAAAAAAACUGAACUUUUUCUGUUGGGGCCCAAACAGCCUGAGCCCAACAUAUGGAUCCAUUUAAAAACACUUAAAAAUGGAAACGAUAGAAUGCUCUAGACGGUAGCAGGAGGAAAUGGAGGGGAAGAUGGAGCUGCGGAGGACGAAACCAAUAGCUGUUUUCAUGGCUUUCGGCACCAAAGGCGACGUCUACCCUAUUGCUGCCAUUGCUGCAGCUUUCGCUACUGACCAGAAGCAAUACGAUGUCGUAUUUCUAUCCCAUUUAGCACAUGAGAACUUAAGUUCUCAUUUGGCCCAAAAAGGCAUAGCAUAUUUUCCAAUAUCAUCACCCCCUGUUCUUUCAAGUCAAGAGAAUUGUGAUAAAGGAGAUUCGAGCUCACAGGAGGGAGAUUUUGUGCUGAAAAAAAUGAUUGUUAGCAGAGAACAUAGACAGGAAUGCUACUCUGCAAUUGAAAGGAUAUUUGGAAAUGGCCCAAGCUUGGAGGGCGAUUUUAUUCUGAUAAAUUUCUUUGCUUUGGAAGGAUGGAGUCUUGCUGAACUUUUUCAUGUCCGUUGUGUUGUUGCCGCUCCUUAUGUUGUUCCAUAUAGUGCACCUUCAUCAUUUGAGCGUCAGUUCAGAAAAGAGCUCCCACUAUUGUAUAAAUAUUUGCAAGAAGCUCCUGCUAACAAGAUUGGCUGGAAAGAUGUGAUUCAUUGGAUGUGGCCACUUUUUAAUGACAAUUGGGCAUCAUGGAGAAGUGAAUGUUUGAAUCUGAGUCUGUAUCCUUUCACGGAUCCUGUAACAGGUCUUCCCACUUGGCAUGAUAGGCCGCCAUCUCCUCUUCUACUGUAUGGAUUUAGCAAAGAAAUCGUUGAAUGCCCUGGUAGUUUUGUAAUUCUUUUCGGUAUCCCAGAACCUUGAGAUUAGCAAUGAUCAUAAUGAAUUUUUUUUGUUUUUUUUCAGCAUAUGUUCUGCCUAUUUCAUUCUUGUUUUACAUCUGUAGAUAGAGUUUCUUAUGACUAUUAGUUCAUUUUUUCUUUGAUUGUUUUUUACAAUUUUGCUUUUCUGUUAUCUCAAUUUUGUGAAACAAGUAUGAGGAGGCCUGUUAUUAAAACUUAUCCCUAUCAAAGUUUCCUAAGUGGGUAAGUCUUUUACGUGGAAAUUGUGACAUCCAUCUGGCCCUUUAUAAAACAUGGGACAAGGUUUUCAUUGUUGAGAAAUUCAUAUCUUGGUCGUCGUUUUUAUGCUGCAUAGCCUUCUAAUGUUAUCAUUUAUAACAGAUUAUUGGCCGUCGAGUGUUCAGGUUUGUGGCUUUUGGUUCCUCCCUACUGAAUGGCAGUUCUCAUGCAAAAAGUGUGGAGAAAUUUUGGCAAUAUUUUCUUCAAUGCAUCUGAAGAAAGAUAGCCUGUGUUUAGUUCAUGCUGAGUUGCAAUCUUUCAUAAAAGCAUCUUUGUCAGUGCUGCCUAUUUUCAUAGGGCUGAGUUCUGUUGGAAGCAUGGGAUUUAUGAGGAAUCCUAAAGCAUUUCUACGAGUUCUCCAAACUGCUCUGCAGAUUACAUGUUACAGAUUUAUCCUCUUCACAGCUGGCUAUGAACCAUUAGAUUCUGCAAUCCAGGAAAUGGCUACAGAAGUUGCUUCAAUUUCAAAAGGAAAGUUAACUGAAAAUGGGAUCUCUCUCUUUGGCGGUCGUCUAUUCUGCUUUUCUGGCAUGAUACCAUACAAAUGGCUAUUUCCAAGAUGUGCAGCAGCAAUUCAUCAUGGUGGCAGUGGAUCUACUGCUGCAGCACUACAUGCAGGAAUCCCCCAGAUACUAUGUCCAUUUAUGUUGGAUCAAUUCUAUUGGGCUGAGAAGAUGUUCUGGCUUGGAGUAGCUCCAGAACCACUGAGAAGGAACCACCUGCUUCCAGACAAAAUUACUGAGGCAGGAAUCCGGUUAGCCGCCAAUGUGUUGUCCCAAGCAAUACAAAGUGCAUUAUCACCUGAAGUUAAAGCACAAGCGCUAGAAAUUUCUAAGAAGAUUUCCCUUGAGAAUGGAGUUCUGGAAGCCGUGAAGAUCCUGAAAAAAGAGAUGGGUUGUUCAAAUUAAGUUCAUACGAAGAGAUGGUUAAUUCCACAAAAUACAAAAAAAGGUGAAGU